AAAAAAACAAAAAAACAAAAAAACAAAAAAAAACAAAACGAGGUCCCUCUUCGGUUCUGUUUCCUCAUUUAAACAAACCAUGAAUCGGGCCUCCUCUCCCCAAAUUUUCAGGCAAUGGGGAAGCUCUGUGAGGGCUCAGUCCUUGAAGCUUUUCAACCAAUUUCUCCUCCAAAUCCUACUUCUUGGACCCACUCUUCUCCCUAUUCCGGUCACUUUUCCAGCCAAAAACCUGAAAUUUCAGGCCAAGAUUGGGACUUAGUUUCAGGCCUUCAAACCCAACAAAGGCUAGCUCUUCGAAAACUUGGUUCUCAUGGGGUUCGCUGGAGACACCCAACAAAGCCAACCUCUGAGCUCUUUUUUCUCUUUCAUGGUGGCGAGGUCGAAACAGAUGGGAAUUGCCUUUUCUCUGCAUCUAAAAAGGCUUUGGGGAUUGACAGGUCCGAGAUUGAGCUUAGAAAAAGAGUGGUGGAGAGAUUUAGAGAGGAUUAUGAUGCGGGUUUGUGGCCAAAAGAUAAGACAGACCAGUCUAUCAAGAAUAUGUAUAGGCCUGAUCUUGAUCAGGGGUGGGGGAUUCAUUUUGUUCAGGAGAUCAAGCUUUUGGCCUUGAAAAAGGAUCGCAAUAAGCUGGAGAAGUCAAUUCAAGAUCUGGUUCAGGUUGGACUGUCGAGGGAAGCAGCUGCUGAGACUGUAUAUAGAGAAAGAUGCGUAAAUGUCGAGAAUGGCGAAAGCUGGGCCAAAUACAUGUGUAUAUCAGGAAGCUCUGAAGAUGAAUAUGAUAUAAUCUCUAUACAUUAUACACAAGAUGGUCUUCUAACCAUUGACGAGAACAAAGACGGAAGGGCAGCUGCUUUCGGGGAUGAUAUCGCCAUUGAAGCUUUGGCCACUGAAUUCAAGAGAGAGAUUUUCGUGGUUCAAGCUCAUGGCUCUGAUGGCCUUUCGGACGAGGAAGGGUGCAUGUUUUUUCUUCCUCACAAGCCCAAGGGCUUAGUUACAGAGCCCCCCAUUUUUCUCCUCAUGAGAGGCACAGGUUGGUGCGGGGCAGGGGCCGACCACUACGAGCCAUUGAUCACUUGUGCUGCUGUUUCAACCGCGGCUGCUUCUCCUGAAAAAGCAGCUGUUUUUCUAUGAAAUUCAUCCAUUUUUUUCCUCUUUAUUCUUAUUUUUUGGGAAUUUAAUUUUUGUGAGGGGUUCAAGCAUCGCUUUUCAAUAUGUCAUUUUUACUCCUUAACAGAAUGAGACAGACAGACAGAGAGAUCUGUGUAAUUCAUUUUCCUGAGAAUCCAUGAAAUAGAGGGGGGAAAGGUAAAGAGAGACUGAUGUUUAUUUUGUAACCAGUGAAUUCGAUUUUAUUAGUUGUUGUGUUGA